GGUCCAAUGACGCAUGCGCUUGUCGUACGCUCACGCAUGCAUACUGUUUUAAUAUUUGCUGCACUGCACCUAAAAAAAACGAACAGUGUAAGUUUGUGUUUGUGUGUGCCGCAUUUGUCAGACUCCCGAGAAUUUAGCGUCGCCACGGCAACAGCAGACACCGCUUUGGCAGAGGAGGGCGAGCUGGAAAAUGAGAAAGACCACGCAGAGGGAUCUUCAAGUGUGGCAGCGGCGCGUCCGGUCACUCUGGCGCUGUCGGCGUGUUGUGGGGAUGGAGGAAAGAAGAGCACGAGGAAGGUUCUGGUGGCGCCGGUCCUCAGCGUCUCUUUAGGUCGCAGCGAGUCAGGCGACUUCCACUCGGCGUUCCUGUCGCCGUCUCUCGGUGAUGAGGACGACGGCGGUCCGGACUUCGACCUCGACGCUAUGGAGACUCCCUCGGACAGCGAGUCCCUUCGCUUCCCCAUCGAUGACCUGGACAUGGACGCUGACUCAGGCGGGCGUGGCCCGGCGUCAGGGAUGGAGGCGGAGCCUUCGGGUCUGGGAGCGCUGGAGCGCGACGAUGUGGUGGACAGCCAGGGCACUAGGUGGCGCUCGUUCUCCGCCGGAACCGCGCCGCACGACGGACGAGUCAACAUGAGUGUGCUGGAACCUUUCCUCCGGGUUUUAUCACACGGGGGUUACUAUGGCGACGGCAUGAAUGACAUCAUCGUGUUUUCCUCUUGUUACCUGCCUGAGAACUCGCUGGAAAAUUAUCACUAUGUGAUGGACAACCUCUUCAGAUACUUGGUAGGCACGUUGGAGCUGAUGGUCCGUGAAAACUACGUGAUUGUUUUUCUUUGCGCCGGCGGUCAUAAGGACAACCUGCCAGGGAUCGGUUGGCUCAAGGAAUGUUACCACACCAUCGCAUGGAGUCUGAGGAAGAAUCUGAAAGGCAUGUUCGUGGUUCAUCCCACAUGGGCCAUCAAAACACUCAUCACCAUCAUCAAACCCUUUAUCAGUUCAAAGUUCAGCAGGAAGCUGCAGUUCGUCGGCAGCCUUCGGGAACUUUCAGCUCUGCUGCCCACUCAGCACAUGCAGAUCCCCGAAUGCGUCACCAUGUAUGACAACAACCUGUCCAGAUGAACACGUCGCCGGUGCGAUUUCGGCGGGGCCGUGACGCUGCCUCAGCGGUCUGGUCACCAGCGUUCUAAACAUAUGUACUCAAGGUUCACGUCAGAAUUUUUGAAUCGGAGUAAUAUUCUUUGACAUAAAUUUGAAUAAUUUUCUACAAAUACUUCUGUAUAAUAUAUAAAUGUAUAUAUGUGUGUGUGUGUGUGUGUGUACACACACACUGGUGCUCCGAUUUCUCAGAAAAGUAUGUGACGGGCAUGUAUUUUAUUGUCACAAAAAACGGUCACGCGCGGCUCGUACUUGCGCCGCAAAUCAAGCAAAAAUGCCGCCGUGUGGAGGUUUGAUGUGAUUUGUGUGUAAUCGGAAUACCGUAUUUUCACGACUAUUAGGCGCCAUUAAAAGUCUUCAAUUUUCUCCAAAAUGGACAGGACGCCUUAUGAUGCGGAGCGUCUUGUGUAUGCACCCAGUUCCAAAAUCUGACUGACAGCCGACACGCUGUUUAUAUAGAGAAAAGGCGGAAGUGAGUAUGGACAGCCGGGCGGCAAAGAAGUCGGCCAAUCAGUGAAGAGUGGGCGUGUACAUAUACAUAUAUGGAGAGACAGAGAGAGAGAAAAGGCUGACGUGAGUGAGGACAGGCAUGCGGCGAAGAAGUCCGCCAAUGAGUGAAGGGUGGGCGUGUAAGUGGACGCUAAAGGGACGUCCAAAGCAGGUACCAACACUUGUGUAAAUUGUGGCUAUGUGCAUUAUUGCAAAACUACUUCGGUUUUGGUUUCUAAGAACCCCCGAAAAUAAAUUCUGUGAGAGGCAGCGCCGGGCGAGUUACGCCACAAUUUGCGAAUGGAUUGUGGCUGCUUGAACGAACGUGUCUGCUUGUACUGAUGUUUGAGCUUUUGGCAAAGCCGGCAUCAUUUCUGUGGAGCCGCAUGGCCAUGACAGUGACUCUGACAACGAGAGGGAACGCGGCGUUUUUGAUGGAUUACCGGUACUUGCACAAUUGUUCAAUUCUGAUAUAGUAAAACACUGUACGCUGGCUAAAUAAAAUACAACCGCUACCGUAUGCUUCAAGCCACCGUAUCAUGUUGGUGUGUGAAUUUUAAUUUAAUUUGUAUUUAUUUUUGUUUUUUGGACUAAGUGCAAAGAAUGUUUUCUUCUUUUUUAAUGGAAUGUUUCAAGUUGUUCAUUGUGUAAGUGAAUGGAGUUGCUAACACCUUCCUCAUGUUUAUGGCAGGACAGGAAACACUGCAGCCAUUCAGGGCACAGGAAAA